CUUUGGCGGGGCAAUGUCUCUUUAAGACCGAUUUCAGAAACAGGACCAGGAUGAUGCCGAUGAUGACCUGGAAAUUGCCAUUGAUAACACUGCUUUCAUGGAUGAAUUCUUUGCAGAGAUUGAGGAGACUCGGCAGAAUAUUGACAAAAUUUCAGAGAAUGUAGAAGAGGCAAAGAAGCUGUACAGCAUCAUCCUGUCUGCCCCUAUCCCAGAACCAAAGACCAAGGAUGAUCUGGAACAGCUCACGACAGAUAUCAAGAAAAUGGCUAACACCGUCCGAAACAAACUUAAGAGCAUGGAGCGGAACAUUGAGCAAGAUGAAGUUCGGUCCUCAGCUGACCUGCGGAUACGGAAGUCCCAGCAUUCGGUCCUCUCCCGAAAAUUUGUUGAUGUGAUGACAAAGUACAAUGAAGCACAGGUUGACUUCCGGGAACGGAGCAAAGGGAGGAUCCAGCGGCAGCUUGAGAUCACUGGGAAGAAUACUACAGAUGAGGAGCUGGAGGAGAUGUUAGAAAGUGGGAAUCCAUCAAUAUUCACAUCUGGGAUCAUGGAUUCCCAGAUCUCAAAGCAGGCACUGAGUGAGAUUGAAGGACGGCAUAAGGACAUUUUGCGGCUCGAAAGCAGCAUCAAGGAGCUUCAUGACAUGUUUGUGGAUAUUGCCAUGCUGGUAGAGAACCAGGGAGAAAUUGUAGAUAACAUAGAACUCAACAUGAUGCACACCCUAGAUCAUAUAGAGAAAGCUCGCGACGAGACCAAAAAGGCCAUAAAAUAUAAGAGUAAGGCGCGCAAGGUGAGUCUUUCCUGUGGUCCGUGCACUAUGUGCCUUCGGCUCACACUUUCUGCUCCUGCUUCUCUUCUGCUUCCGGCUUUCCUUCUCCUCCGCAAGGGAGCCAUGAUUGACCGCAUAGAAAACAACAUGGACCAGUCUGUAGGCUUUGUGGAGCGGGCUGUUGCGGACACCAAAAAAGCCGUCAAGUAUCAGAGUGAAGCGCGAAGGGUGAGGAGACAUCAUCGCAGCCCACCCCAUCCCGUUGCCUUCCAAGUUCCACUACCAAUCUUGAACUCCUGAAAGCCCAAUGGAAACCCUACACCUUUUGCCCUUCUCUGCUCCUUCUGCCAAAGUCCUGCAUUCAUUCUCUUUAGAAACCGAUGUGUGUUUUUCCAUCCCAUCCACUUCCUGUUCUCCCUGCUCACCCCAGCCCUUGUGGCCUGCUCAAAACCCCACCUGGUUAUGUAGUGAACUGUCUGAUUAGUUAGCAAUGUGUCAUUAAGCAUUGCUUUGGUUUCCAACCAGUUUGUAGGCACUGUUGGUUCCUCUCCUCCAGCAUAAGGAAGGUCUCUUCUUUCACAGCUUACGUCUCCUCACAAUCUCUUAAAAACUUUCAUCUUGAAAUCUUGAUCUUUGAAUGUUGAUCUUCUUUAGUUUGCUAUUACGUGCCUCCUCUACUUCUGGUCUGAGCUGUCCUUCCAUUCUUUUAUUGCAUUGCAUGCUAAGCUUUGUUCCUCUUUAAGGUGGGGCACUUCUGGGAGGGGGAGGGCUUCAGUGACCAAAUUCAGGCCUGGAGAUUCCCCAGCCCAGCUUUUUGAAAGGCAGAUUUCAAAGUAGGAAAGAUGCACACUGAAUGUUUUGCAGCAGCUAAGGCAGGGUGGGUCACUUGUGGCCCUCCAGAUGUUGUUGGAUUGCAACUCCCAUCAUCCCUCACCAUCAGCUAUGCAGGCAAGGGCUGAUGGAAGCUGCAGUCCAACAGCAAAUGGAAGGGCCAGAUGUAGGACACCCUUGUGCUAAAAGCAGAGGAGCUCUGCUAGGCAAAAAGGGCAAAUCUGAGCGGGGUCUAAGCUAGGCGCUUGUUUUGGUGUCCUAGAUUGAAGCAGCUGAGACCACCUUAAUCCCAGAUGCUUCCAUUUGCUAAGGUCAUUUUUAUACUGCAGGAGAACUCACUCAUUUGGGAGAAGUAGGGCAAAGAAACCUGAUAGUUUUACUAAGUUGAUCCAGAAAUGGUCAUGCUUUAAAAUAAGACUGAAAUAGUUCUACCUUCACACUGCUGCUUAAUGGCAGGUCAGCAUAUUGUAACGGAAUUUAAAAACUGGGCACCACAUUUUAAGCCUGAAUGAUGAAACAUGAUGGUGGUGGUGGUGGUGGUUCUAGUGGUUCUACUAAAAUCUGAGCUGACAGUUCCACUUGGUGGGAUGGGAUGGCAAUGAAGGGAAAGGCCUGUUAAUGACAGACUGCAAGCUUACCUGAAAGGGCAGCCUCACUGAUUUUGUUUUUAGGACUUUGUGAAUUAAUGUCCACAGGACUGGGCUGCAGGUCCCACUUGAAGGGAUUCAUGCCCAAGUUAAAAAUGGGAUAAAGGCCUGUUUUCCUGUUUCAGGAGGAAAGGGAAAUCAUUGCAUGCUUGGUUCUUAUUUUGGUAGUAUCCCAGGCAAGUUUCACAUUAUAAUGAGGGUCAAAGUAGAUGCAGUAUUUGUCACAAGGAAUUUUAAAAAAAUAAAUAGUUGGUACUGAAUCUCCUGAGCUGGAUCACAACCAGAGUAUGGGGAGAGAGGCCUUUAACCCUUUGCUUUUCUGCAGUCCUUAUUGGAAUUGCUUCUGGCUAUCUACAGUUCACAAGAAUUCACAAUGGGAGGAAAGCUGCCAUUGGUACAGACGGAGCUUUCCUUCCAUUGAGAUCAGCAGGCAAAGGGGCUCUGGAGCAGAGGCCAGGCUCCAGCAGCCCCCCAGCCCAUACAUGCACACACCAUGAUCCUGAUCCAGGACAUCCCAGAGCCAAGUCUUAUCCCAGGGCAUACCAGGAAUAAGCACAAGUCAAACACCGCAUCUACUGUGGUCUUAGUCUUAUAGGCACAAACCUUUGUAAGCAAGUAGUUAAAUGAAAACUUCUUUGGCCAAUUUAACUAUUGGGCUCAUUCACACAUGCACAUUCAUCACUCCCUUAAUCUAUCCCUUGAUGACUUGGACCUGCAUGUGUGAAUUUUUCCUUUGAAUAUGAUGGUGUUUGAGGCUGUGUUGGGCCAUACAAAUGUGGAGUACUGUUUAGACCUUUAGUUGGGUGGCACAUACAGCUCAUUCCCCAGUGUAGGGACUCCACUGAGCAAUGAGCUUGCAAACAUCAGUCUGCCCUAAGCAGCACAAAUUGAAGUGCUGUAGUUUAAUCAGAAGCUGCCUAUUUAAUGUAUGCACACCGUUUUCACCAUUUGCUGUUACGUCAUUAUUUAUUGCUAAAUAUUCCCUUUUCUUUUACUGUUCCAGAAAACAAUAAUUAUCAUUGUGAUAGUGGUUGCCUUGCUGGGCAUUAUAGCUCUCAUUAUUGGACUUUCGGUAGGGCUGAAGUAAAAGCAGCCAGCAAGGCUGCUGGCUCUGAACUGUAAGUAGCUUUGGGAAGCAGAAAAGUUCUUCCAAAUCUUCUCUGCCUUUUUAGGGUGAUUUUAACUUUUCUUGCUAUCUCCUCUGCUGCUUUGCUUUCAGAAGAACUUCAGAAUAUUACAGAUCUGGGACUCAGGCUGAUUUGAUUUGUCUUAUGGCAAAAUCCAGAAAUGCCCUAACCUGCACAAAGGAAAAAGUUGUUUACUGUGUGUUACCCACAGGGAUUCUUCCCACAGUGUGUGGGGUGGGGCAGAGGCAGCUUCAGAUCUUUUGACUAAAUAGUGUGACCUGGUUGGGAAGCGGGCAGGAAGCCCAUGAUGGCCUGAUUUCAUAUCAGUGUGAUUUAACCGAAUUUAUUCUAGUGAUUCUGGGAAUAAAACUACCAUAAAACCAUUUGCCUUUUAUUUUGGAGAGGAUGAGAUAGUGAAUGGGCGAGGGGCAGGGGGAAUCAUAGGUGCUUUGAUACAGAAGUAAACAAAAUCAGCACUCAGCAAAAUAAAAUGAUCAACAUUAAAUGAGAAAUUAAUUCUAAAAAUGCUACCCAGUUCUGGAAUUUUGAGCAUGAUGAUGGUAACAAUUUUACACAAUCUCUGAUUCUGGGAUUGAAAUGCUUCUUUUUGUCUCUGGCUUCUGUGCCGUAUUAUUGCACCUCUGCUUUUGAGCCUUUGCAUCUUGAUUGUUUCCUUUUGAACUUCUGAGAGGCUCAGGUAUCCUGGAGCUAGAAAGUAUGAUCUCUUUUUUUAGGUCAAGUCUGUAAACCCAAACUUGUCCCUUCAGAGAAGAGACAACUGUGUAGUCCCAGCAAUACUCAUUCUGGGAGCUGGUGUUGGGUUUCGUGCUGCUUUUCUUCUGCAGCCAUAGUGGCAUGCAACCAUGCUGCCAGGUUGCUAGUCCACCUGCCUGCUGUUCUGGGCAUACAGUAUACAAAUCCACUCUGCUUGCAGUGCUGUGUUAACAGUACAGCCUGGCCUUCCUCAGAUCCGAUGGUGCUACAGGGCCACCCAUAGAGGAGAAUGCAGGAGUGCCUCUGCCUGAGGAUACACUUAGCUCAUCUGGGCCCCUGUAGAUCCUGGAGAGCAGGUCAAUGACACCUGCUGCUCCCAGAUCCCUCUGUAGAGGGUGCCCUUCUCCCCACCCCAAGCACCUCACUCAGAUGAACAUUUGCAGCUUCUCAAACAGGUCUGCUCCCUCCUGAUUGGCUGCUGGACCAUUGCACUGGAGUUGGGAACUUGGUGCUCUGCAAGAUGCCUUGGCCUGCAACUCCUAUCUGCUCCAACCAGCAUGGCCAGAGAUGAUGGGUAUUGUAAGCCAAAAAGCUGGUGGGCACCAGGCCUCCCUCUACAAUUGAGCUCCAGGUCUGAUUGGGAAGGGUCUCAUGAGCCUGUCUUGCCCUAAGCACAUUGGGGGGUAAGGCAGGGGGGAUGUCUCCUUUCUUGCCCUGCCAUUCUAUAGAGCUUUGAUACGUACAUUCCUGGUUGCUCAUCCCAUGAGGAUUAACUUCUCCCACUGUGUUCCUUUCCUUCCUCCAGACACUCCCAAGCUCUUCCUGGGUUGGUCGCAAGACUUCCCUUCCUGAUCCUCACCACCACAGUGUGACCUUUCCCUGCCUACCCUCCAGCCUGGCCUCUUGGAUUCAGUAUGAAAGGACGAGUUCUCUUGCACCAGUGAAUCCUGUGAGAAUGCCAUG